AUUAUUUUUUUCCCCUUACAUUGUGGCUAAAGUAACACACCAGGACCAGAUCUGUUUUCACAGCAGAAACUAAUCGCCCCAUGUCACUGCUGUGAUUCUGUGAAAUAGGGUGGGCUAAUGCAGUUUCUGGCUUAAGGUCAGCGAGGGCUCAGCGCGCUGGUGAACAAGAUGAGUCACAUCUGGAGGGAAGACGGAGGAAAAAAAAGGUGGGAGAGAAGAAAAGUGGGACUGUUGGUGAGGGUGAGUCUCAAUCCUGAGAGAUUUUACAACACAAACUAUGAACGCCAGUAAUGAGUGACCAUCAUCAUCACCCUCUUUUUUCUGAUGUCACUGGAAACAAAUGUAAAAUAUGGCUCUCCUGAGAAAAAUUAACAAUGUCCUCCUGGUGUUGCUGUUGCUGAUGUUUUAUCUACUACUGCACAACAUACUGCUCAAAGCCUCGACUAGGCCUAAACUCUCAGAUCACUGGAAGACCCUCAGAAAUGCAGCUCCAGUUCCUGACAUGAGAGUGUCAGAGGAAGAUAAUGUCAUCCCUGUCAUCAUCUGUGCAUCAGAGGAGCGUAUGGGUGGAACCAUGGCUGCUAUCAACAGUGUCUACAGCAACACAGACGCCAGUGUUUUCUUCUACAUCGUUACUUUUCGUGAUGCUGUGAAACUGACGAGGCAGUACAUUGAGAGGACAGAACUGAAAGGCAUCAAGUACAAGAUUCUGGAAUUUAACCCCAUGGUUCUACGAGGAAAAGUCAAGCCAGAUUCCUCUCGACCUGAUCUGUUACAUCCACUCAACUUUGUGCGUUUCUACUUACCUCUGCUUGACAUCAACCACAAGAGGGUGAUAUACUUGGAUGAUGAUGUCAUUGUGCAGGGAGACAUCAAGGAUCUGUUUCACAUCAAACUGAAGCCGGGACAUGCCGCUGCUUUCGCCACUGACUGCGACCUGCCCUCCACACAUGAGAUGGUGCGCAGCAUCGGCAUGCAGACAACCUACAUGGGCUUCCUGGACUACAGGAAACAGGAAAUAAAAGACCUGGGUAUUAACCCCAGAGACUGCUCUUUCAACCCUGGAGUGUUUGUGGCUGAUAUCAGCGAGUGGAAGAAACAAAAGAUCACCAAACAGCUGGAGAAAUGGAUGGAAGAGAAUUUCAGGCUGAACAUAUACAGCAGUGCCAUGGCAGGAGGUGUGGCGACCCCUCCCAUGCUAAUAGUUUUUCAUGACAAAUACACAACACUGGACCCACUGUGGCACGUCAGACACCUCGGCUGGAGUCCAGAUGCCCGCUACUCAGAGAGCUUCCUACAGGAGGCACAUCUGCUGCACUGGAACGGCCCUUUCAAACCAUGGAAUUAUCCUGCUGUUCACUUGGAUCUGUGGGAGAAGUGGUUCAUCCCAGACCCCUCCGGAAAAUUCUCCUUGGUACGACCUGAUAGUGACAGCUGAGGUCUGUGGAACAUAUCUGAGCCACAGGGGGACAUGAAGCAUAUGAAGUCCAGGACUUACUUGGACAAUGGGGAAGGUGUAAUAAGAAACAUACAGUGAAAGUCAUGCUGAGGAAUGUUCUUGAAAUUGAAAUUGUAUCAGACACAAGUGUUGAUGAAGUUGGUGCUCUAUGUAAAUGUAAAUGCAAAAAAUGUGACUAAUCUGUUGUCUAAAGCAUUCUGUAUUUUGGCUACAGAUAUUCAAAUAUAAAUUGUAGGAAUGUGUUCAAAGUGAACCUGAGAAUGGUGAGAUUACUGUCUUUGUAAAAUGUGGUAAGCUAGAGAAAAUGUUUCCUUGCUAACUUGAAAUAAAUUUUAAGAACUCCAACUUUU